AUGGAGGCGGGACGAGGCGCCGGACUUGGCGCGCGUGGGGCUCUUCCCCCCUCCGCCCCCCCCCCGACUCGCGGCUCUGCGCAUGCGCAGGGCUGGCCGCGCGCGGCGCGUCUUAACGGCCGCCGAGCGGCGGUGAUGCUGUGGGGCUGAGCGGCGGGCGGCGGAGGGCAGCGCGCCUGCGCAACGGGCGGCCGCCGCCUCCGCAGCCCGGGCGAGACCGGAUCCUCCGCCCCCGCUUCCCCGGCCCGCUCACCGCCCGCGCUCCAGACGCCGAGGCUGAUGAGGACGCGGCCGCUGGAGUCCCUCAAGUGCAGCCACUGAUCACGAGAUGCUACCGCAGAACCUACCUCAGACUUCGCUUUUGCCGAUUCGUUUCCUGCAUCGUUAUCAGUCUCAACAGGAGCCCUGCAGGCACUCUUGAAAGUCUCUGAACAUAUUGUGACAUCGUCAAAGAAUGAUGACCUAAUGUAGGUCAAAGUCUGGAGCAUUGAUCCGGCUGUCAAAGAUAACGCGGCCUCUUUUUUUUUAAUUGCUAUCAUUUCUGAAGUCACUUCAGAAACAUUCAGCUAACUUUUACCUGGCAAAAAGAUCUUCACUUUUCACUCUGGUCCUGGAAAUAUUAAUGGAAUACAGUCAUGUCUACCCAGGACGAGAGGCAGAUAAAUAGCGAAUAUGCUGUAUCCUUGCUGGAGCAGUUAAAAUUCUUUUAUGAACAGCAAUUGCUGACUGACAUAGUAUUGAUUGUCGAGGGUACGGAAUUCCCCUGCCAUAAGAUGGUUCUUGCGACAUGCAGCUCGUACUUCAGAGCUAUGUUCAUGAGUGGGCUAAGUGAAAGCAAACAAACACACGUGCACCUGAGGAAUGUGGAUGCAGCCACUUUACAAAUUAUAAUAACUUACGCAUACACGGGUAACUUGGCAAUAAGCGACAGCACAGUAGAACAGCUUUAUGAAACUGCCUGCUUCUUACAGGUGGAUGAUGUGUUACAACGGUGUAGAGAGUACUUAAUCAAAAAAAUUAAUGCAGAAAAUUGUGUGCGCCUGUUGAGUUUUGCUGACCUCUUCAGCUGUGAAGAGUUAAAACAGAGUGCUAAAAGAAUGGUGGAGCACAAGUUCACAGCUGUGUACCACCAGGAGGCUUUCAUGCAGCUGUCACAUGAUCUACUGAUCGAUAUUUUAAGCAGUGACAAUUUAAAUGUGGAAAAGGAGGAGACGGUUCGUGAAGCUGCUAUGCUAUGGCUGGAGUACAACACGGAAUCACGGUCACAGUAUUUGUCCUCUGUUCUUAGCCAAAUCCGAAUCGAUGCACUUUCAGAAGUAACGCAGAGGGCCUGGUUUCAAGGCUUACCACCCAAUGAUAAAUCUGUGGUGGUGCAAGGACUGUACAAAUCUAUGCCCAAGUUUUUCAAGCCCAGACUUGGUAUGACAAAAGAGGAGAUGAUGAUAUUCAUUGAAGCUGCUGCUGAAAACCCCGGUAGUCUUUAUUCUUCUGUCUGUUACAGCCCACAGGCAGAGAAAGUUUACAAGCUCUGCAGUCCUCCUGCUGACUUGCAUAAGGUUGGAACGCUUGUAACUCCUGAUAAUGAUAUCUAUAUAGCAGGGGGGCAAGUUCCUCUGAAAAAUGCAAAAACCAAUCACAGUAAAAGCAGCAAGCUCCAGGCUGCCUUCAGAACUGUGAAUUGCUUUUACUGGUUUGAUGCACAGCAAAACACUUGGUUUCCAAAGACACCGAUGCUCUUUGUUCGUAUAAAGCCAUCCCUGGUCUGCUGUGAAGGAUACAUCUAUGCAAUUGGAGGCGACAGUGUUGGUGGAGAGCUCAACAGGAGAACUGUGGAAAGAUACGACACUGAAAAAGAUGAGUGGACCAUGGUAAGCCCAUUGCCUUGCGCGUGGCAAUGGAGCACAGCAGUAGCAGUUCACAACUGCAUUUAUGUAAUGGCGCACAACUUGAUGUACUGUUACUUUCCCAGGUCAGAUGCUUGGGUAGAAAUGGCUAUGCGACAAACAAGUAGAUGUUUUGCUUCAGCUGCUGCUUUUGGUGAUAAAAUAUUCUAUAUUGGAGGACUACAUAUUGCCAGCAAUUCUGGUAUCAGACUCCCAAGCAGUACUGUAGAUGGGUCUUCCGUAACUGUGGAAAUCUACGACGUGAAUAAAAACGAAUGGAGAAUGGCAGCUAAUAUCCCUGCCAAGCGCUAUUCUGACCCGUGCGUUAGAGCUGUUGUCAUAUCUAACACUUUGUGUGUUUUCAUACGAGAAACCCACAUGAAUGAGAGAGCGAGGUAUGCCACCUAUCAAUAUGACCUGGAGCUCGACCGCUGGUUUCUAAGACAGCAUAUAUCGGAGCGUGUGUUGUGGGACUUGGGGAAGGACUUUCGGUGCACUGUAGGAAAGCUAUACCCAUCUUGCCUUGAAGAGUCCCCAUGGAAACCUCCAACGUAUCUCUUCUCACCAGAUGAAGCCGAUGAAUUUGAGCUGGAUGGGGAGAUGGUUACUUUACCACCUGUAUAGCUCCCAAAUUAGACUGCACAACUGAUUCAGUGUACAGUUACCUUGAAAUAAAUGAUUGUGAGAGGUCUGGAAAGAAAAAUAUCAAAUCGGUCCUUCAUGAAUUGUAUUUUUAUGCCCUACCCAAUACUUGCAGCAAUUCAGUAUGAAUUGAGCAGGUAUGCUUCAUAAUCUGAAAUAAUGUUAUCUGAUAAUUGAGACACAUAUAUGUAUAUCAUGAUCUUUAAGCAUCUGACUUGUCUAAAGAAUUAGUUUCUAGUUCUAUAAAGCCUGUUUCAGGAAAACUAGCUUCAGAAAAAAAGUAGUUUCUAGGAUGAUGUCACAACUCUUCUGAAAGUAUCUUCCAGUUAUAUUUGAUCUACUUCUGGCUAUUCUAAUUAAGUGCUAGUUAUAUAAUUGUCAGUGUGGCCUAAUUAAGGGACUGUGCUGCACUUAAUGCUAGUAUCCAUGUUGGUAUAGUAAUGCCAUUUAAAAACAAACAAAAACAAAUCCCAUGGAUCUACCUGUGGUAGGAAGGGUAGAUCUUCCAUUGUAUUGUAAUGCGCAGGGCAAGAUGACUGCAGGUUCAGUCAAGCUGUACUAUUAGGUGCAUGUACUCUAUUUUCCACAAACUUAUACCUGUCUAUUUAGAAUACAGGUCUUCCAAGCAGCUGGUAGUUUACCAGGUGUGGACUUAAGUUGCUGGGCUUGCAAUAGGAAUUGUCAGCCCUCAUAGUGCGGGUCUCUGUGGAGCUUUAAUCAGUGAAUGCCUCCACGUUCUGUAUUACAGUAACAUUGGCUCAUGUAUAUUACUUCCUGCUGCUGAUGUAUUUUUCCAUUGUAAAACAAAAGUUCUAGUGUGGAUUAACCAGGUCUUUAUUUUCUGUUAAUUUAAUAACAAGCAUUACUGUAGUGUGAUUGUGUAUAGAUAUCCCUUAGCUAUCAGGUUUUUUACUUUGGGGGGUGGGGGGGACGGGGGAGUGACCAGUUCAGGAAUAUCCUGUACGCCGCGUGCAGGAGAGCAGAUGCCUAGUGCUGCUCUGGCAUUAAUCCCAGGAACCACUAGCAGUAGCGGGGCACCGCCAGCCUAACAUGAACACAGGUGCUUCAUGACAGACCUUACUAGCAUGUUCAGUUGCAUCAUGUUCUGGCACUGUAUUUUGAAUGACAUUAAUUUAUUAAAAAAGACUGAAUCCAACUGAGUUUGGGUGUGCUUUCUGCGUGAAGUUGACACAGUUAUGCCCUCCCCCUCACCCUCCAACAGUAUCUCUUAAUUUAUUGAAAGCGAUUUCUAGUAGUUAAGCUAUGGAAAACUCAGUUACUAUUGACUUGCGUUACGUGGAACUUGAAGCUCCCACUAAGACUUCUGUAAAGUGACACCUCUCCAGGCACGGUAUGUUGUGGAGUGUAAGGAUUUAGAGGAUGUAGGGUGGUGAUGGCUAGUGAAGUGAAAGAGGCAAACUGCUAAUUUUAAGGAAGGUGACAAAUAACAUGUUGGCAUCUUCCACUUCAUCAGCUCUUCUGCUGCCUGAAUUGCUUAGGUAAGAAAGGAGAAGUGACUUGUGCUCCUGCUGAUGGUGCUUUCCUGUAACCUGGGGCAGCAGUUACUACUCUGUAGCGUGGCCUGGAGAACUGCAUGCCUCCGGCAAAAACAGUGGUGGUACCUCACUGACUGCAGCCUGACUGGGCUGCUUUAAUUCUGUGGCUCGUUCUCACAGAAGCCCAAUUUACCACAGGCUACUACCCCCAAAAAGUGACGUUCAUUCAGACAGUGCAUUGAACUGCACUCAGUUGCUUCACAGGACCAGCUGAAAACACGUUUUGAAAUGCAGAAGGAUUAUGUGACUUCCUGCUGGUCUGCAGGGUGUAAGUCUGCAUGGUACCUUGUUUAAAAUUACACUUCAUAAUGCAGUACUUAAGGACUAGUCAAGAGUCAAACAGUUCUCCCGUGACUUGGUCAGGCGCGCUACUAUCGCUUUGCUUGUAGCACUAGUUGGCUGCAGUGAUGAGCCCAGAGGAAAACAGCUGGGAAAUGUGAGGCUCCAGUCUGAACUGUUACUUUUCGUUAUCUGAGGAGGAAACUGCAGGCAAAGCAUUGGUCACACAUCCGGAAAUGGUCACUGGGGUGGAAUUAGACUUCAGUGGGAACAAAGGCAUCGGCUGAAAGAAUGCAGUUCUCAUCUUAUAAACAGAGCAAAGAUGAUUAAAGCCUUCAAAGGGUUCUAAAAUAAUAUCUCACUACAAAGCUUCCGCCUAAUGCUAGCCUAUUCAACCUCUACUUGACUACAAAGUACAUUUACAUACAAGUUUUAAUGACUCAACUUCUUACUGUCCUCCAGCUUUCCUAUAUGUGCAAAAAGUUUGCUUUUUUUCCUGAUAGAAAUACCUUUUAAAGUCCUAUGUAAUUUCAAUUCCCUGUACCUGAAACAAUAAAAGAACACUCUACCACC